CGUGUGUGUGUGUGUGUGUGUGUGUGUGUGAAGGCACCUGUCCCUCUCCGUCUUUGCCUCACCCUCCCAGAAAACGCAGUUGUGCACAACUGGGCAAAGCGCGUGCUGUAGAACGAAAGGGAGCAGAGCAGACAGUGCGGGAGAAGCGCAGAAGCCCAGAAGCAGCAGAAGCAGGCAGGCAGUGUAACACUGGUGCAAAGAAAAGCAAGGCGGUGCGCUCGGUCGCACGGACACACACUCACACACACGCGCGCGGUCGGACCAUGUCUUCGUCCUAUAACCUGGAUUUUCUUCCCGAGAUGAUGGUGGACGGUCGCCUGGAGAGACUUAACGGCACAGCUGGUAAGAUGAACGGGGCUCUGGAGCAUUCGGAUCAACCGGACCCGGACGCCAUUAAGAUGUUUGUGGGUCAGAUUCCUCGCUCAUGGUCAGAGAAGGAGCUGAAGGAGCUGUUUGAGCCGUACGGAGCCGUCUACCAGAUCAAUAUACUGAGGGACCGCAGCCAAAACCCACCGCAGAGCAAAGGGUGCUGUUUUGUCACGUUUUACACGCGGAAAGCCGCCCUAGAGGCCCAGAAUGCGCUGCACAAUAUAAAGACCUUAACUGGGAUGCACCAUCCCAUUCAGAUGAAGCCUGCAGACAGUGAGAAAUCAAAUGCGGUGGAGGACAGGAAGUUGUUCAUUGGGAUGGUGUCAAAGAAGUGUAAUGAGAACGACAUCCGGGUUAUGUUUUCCGCUUUUGGUCAGAUCGAGGAGUGUCGCAUCCUGAGAGGACCGGACGGACUCAGCCGAGGAUGUGCGUUUGUCACGUUUUCUACCAGGGCAAUGGCACAGAAUGCAAUCAAAGCCAUGCAUCAGUCUCAGACCAUGGAGGGAUGUUCCUCCCCCAUGGUGGUGAAGUUUGCUGACACUCAGAAGGAUAAAGAGCAGCGAAGGCUGCAGCAGCAGUUGGCUCAGCAGAUGCAGCAGCUCAACAGCGCCUCCGCCUGGGGCAGCUUGACCGGCCUGACCGGCUUAACCCCGCAGUAUCUGGCAGUAAGAGGCCACACCCACGCAACCACGGCAACCAGCAGUGCAGCCAACGCCGCCGCCGCAUUGCUACAGCAAGCAACCUCCUCCAGUAACCUGGGAGCAUUCAGUGGUAUCCAGCAGAUGGCAGGUAUGAAUGCUCUGCAGUUACAGAAUCUGGCCACUCUAGCAGCAGCUGCAGCUGCAGCACAAAGCUCUGCCAGCCCUUCUACCGCUAGCGCCCUGACCUCCAGCACAGGGUCCCUGGGAGCCCUGGCCAGCCCAGCAGCAGGUUCCACUGCUAACUCCAGUGCAGGAGCUAUGAGUUCUCUGGGCUCUUUGGGGACUCUGCAGGGGCUGGCCGGGGCCACUGUCGGUCUCAACAACAUUAAUGCACUAGCAGGUAGCGUCAACAUUGCUCACAUGCUCUCAGGUAUGGCUGCCCUGAACGGAGGUUUGGGCAGCACUGCGCUCAGUAACGGCUCGGCUGGGCCCAUGGACGCUCUCACCCAGGCUUACUCAGGGAUCCAGCAGUAUGCAGCAGCAGCCCUGCCAACCCUAUACAGCCAGUCUCUACUGCAGCAGCAGAGUGCCGCCGGCAGUCAGAAAGAGGGACCAGAAGGGGCCAACCUUUUCAUCUACCACCUGCCGCAGGAGUUCGGGGACCAGGACAUUCUGCAGAUGUUCAUGCCUUUUGGAAAUGUAGUGUCGGCCAAAGUCUUCAUUGACAAACAAACCAAUCUGAGCAAGUGCUUCGGUUUCGUCAGUUAUGACAAUCCUGUGUCAGCACAGGCCGCCAUCCAAGCGAUGAACGGUUUUCAAAUUGGAAUGAAGCGUCUGAAGGUGCAGUUGAAGCGCUCCAAGAACGACAGCAAGCCCUACUGAUCUUAGCACUAGGGCCAGUCCUCUCUCUCUUUACACUGCUAGGAACUCAUCUCCAUGACUCUUUGCUCAUCGUUUGCCUAGCAUGUCUACGUGGCGUUCAAAAAAAAAAAAAAAAAAAAAAAGUCUCAUCGUCUCGUCAUUGUUUCCGAUGUCUUUCUGAGUUCUCCUGAUCAUAACCUGGUCUCCUCCUACUGAUCUCUCAACUUUUGAUCUUAGCUUGAUCUUUUUUUGUUUGUUUUUUUUUUUGCAUGUGACCUCAUUUUGAGCUUAAUUUUUGUUAGUUUUUGUUGAUUUUUUUUAUUAGAUUUAUUUUUCUUUUUUUAAUGUUCUUGGAAUAACGGGUGAGGGAGGGAUGGGGGAAAGAAGGAAGAAAAAAAUAAUAAAUGUGAAAAGCUGCAUUCACUCACAAAUAGGUAGAGUAUAUUUAAUACCAUAACCAGAAGCAUAAUUUUAAGAAAUUUAAAAAAAAACAAAAAACAAAUAAAUAAAUGCAUAAAAAAACCUGUGGCAAAAGAAUUAAAAUAAUUUGCAUUUGACCUCUGUUUGUUAGCUCAAUACUUUUCCUCUUUUUAUGUUUAGAUUUUCUUUCUUUUUUUUCUUUUAUUCAUUUAAAGUAAACUUGAAAGUACAAUACAGGGAUUGGCUUUGGGACUUACUGUUGGCACAUCUCGCAAUAUGCGGCCAACAGUAAGAGCACCAUGCCGGUUUCUAUGAGAAAUAGACUACUUCCACACAGUUUUAAUAAAAAAACUGUCCGAUUGAUAUUAGAGUCUCUCAGAGCUCGCUUGUGGUUUUUACAUUUUUCAGGCAGUGUAAAGUUUUUUGAUAAGGCCAUUUUAAGUGGCUUGGUUUCUCAUUAAAGUCUAUAUAAAACCACUUUUUUCUAGAGUAGUAAAGGUAUAAAAAAACAAUAAAAAAGAGUGCCCUGUUUGGGGGAAAUGCUACCUACAUGUCACACCUUUUGCUGAACUGACCUACAGUUAGACAAUCCGUGGUAUAAAUGCACAUGAAAUGACCUAUAUUUUAUACUGUUUAAAUGUAUAGAGGAAAAAAAAACAGAGUUUGUGUGACCCGCGUUUCCGUCGGUGCUUUUCGUGGAUUAAGUCGUGGUUUCAUCACAAGUCUAAUAGUCUUAUUUGUCUCAUGUUUUUAAAGAGAAGACUAAAAAUCAGUUUACUUGAACAUAGACAAAGCCUAUCAUAGUACUAUUGCUACUACAGUAUAAUUGUUUUUUUUUUCUUUUUUCUUUCUUUUUUUUGUUUUUUGUUUUUUUUUUAGAGUCCCUAUUUGCUAAAUUUCUUGUUGGGUAAUUAGCUAUAUAAACAUUUAACGAGUUACAAUGUCAGCUUGUGAAGCAUCAAUGUCAUUAUUAUUAUUAUUUUUAUUUCUAUUGUGGGAAACAAUAUUUAGAUGUGUUAUGUUGUUCAGCAAAAUGUGAUUUUUUUUUCUUAUAAAGAAAAAAAACAAGAUGAGUGGAAUUUAGUGCCAAAUUCUGACGGUACAUCCUGCCUACAGCUUCAGUGUAUUACUUGUGAAAUUAUUUGAUAACAUGGGUAUUUUAUUACGUAAGUGUUUUGUAUGGAUCCCUCAUAUUUAAAGAUAUAGAUUUAAAAAGGUUGUUAACUUGCUCUUCUGUGGUCUUGUUGCCUGAACUGUUCAUGUUUUUUGCUUUUUUUGUAAAGAUGUAAAAAGUGCCCAUGUGUCAUGCUCUCUCUCUCUCUCUCUCUCUCUCUCUCUCACUCUCUCUUUCACAAGCACACACUCUCUCACACAUGCACACACAAACAUACAAAUACACAUGCACGCGCACAUCCACACCCACAUGCACGCAUACACACACCUAUGCUAAAGGUUGACCUCGCAGCCCUCUUUUCUUUGACGGUGUGUGCAUGUGAGCCCCUGGGAAUGAGUCUCAGCAGUGCACAUUCUACAUACAUACACACACACACACACACACACACACACACACACACACAAGAGUUCUCACUUACCACUCAAUUCAAAGCAUGGGUUACAUGUACGCAGUAAUCCAUUAGCAUCUGCACACAGCUGAAUUGGCAUCCUGUAUCAUUCAAGUGCACAAUGACAUCUUAAAUACAGAGAAAUGUGAUUAUUAUGACUAUUCACAACAUUAGCUGUCUUCAUGUCAUACUCACACACAUACAUAUGGUGAACUCAAGGUAUGUUUUAAGAAAUGUUUGUUGCUGGACUCCAGAUAGAAAUUCGCCUCAGCUCCGUUUCUCUGCUUUUCGCUGCCUCUCUCCACCUCUUCAGGACUAACUACUCCAAGGUCUUAGAAAAACACCCUGACGCCAAAGGAGAACAGGACUAUCCACAGUAACAUUUCCAAUAGCACUUUUGUCGAAACGUUUACACGUGUUGUAAAUGGCCCGCGUACAGCUUGUUUACAAGUGUAGUUUACAGCCAGCCCCCCUAAAAAAACCCUGUUUACUUCACUCUGAAGCACUAUUUUCUACCCAAAUUCUGCCGUUGCCUUAACACUGACACUCAGUAUUAGUGGGGUGGAAUGGGCUGCUGCCUGUAUACAAAAGAGUUCCAAGUUUUUGUGUGCAUGUGUGUUGUGAAUGCAUGUUUUGUCCCAAUGCACGUUUGAGUAAACAACGCCAAAACUGGACUUGCCGAACUCUGAAGUUUCAAGAAUGCAAAGUGAGGCACGUCCCAGUAUGAGUUCAAGCAGAGAGGUUUGUAUGGCUUUACUGUUAGCUUUGCCAAACUCUAUGACCACUUGCACAGCCAUGGAGGUGCACACACACACACACACACACAUACAAAAUGUGCUAGCACAAUGACCAUAUGCAGUAUUACAACUGACUUCUGACAGCUCUUCCAAUCCGUGAGAUGUGAUGUCAAAUGAAAUGAUAGUCAUAACAACAGAGAAUAUUGGGUCACUAUGUUCUAUAGUGUCAAAUGGCAGGGUUUAACUCCAAGUUGUCUCAGUGAUAGAGCUCCAAUGAGCUAAUAUUUGCUCUCCUUGUAGUGUGUGUGUGUUUUCAACAUAAUUAACUAGUGUGAUUCACAUGUAUCAAACUAACAGGGUAAGAUUUCAUUACACACACACAUAUACACACACAUCUGUUAGAUGUUUAGUAAAGCACAAACUCGCAGGGGUCUUUGCAGAAGUGCUUGCUGAGGCUCUUUACUCAGGGGUUUUUUUCACCACACACAUCUUCUCUUAAAUCUGUUUGUUCUUUCUGUUUUCCUUUUUUUUCUUUCUCUUAAGUGCUAUUUAACAACAGUGUAUUUUAAAGAAAAAAGUGUAGUUUAUUUGCAUUUUGGCUUAUUAUGUCAAGUUUUUUGGGAAAAAAAAUGUAUGUGUGUUGAUCUGAUGUGCCGUAUAAAAAAAGCUUGUUGUCUGUAGAUUAAUAUCAUUUUGUUUGAUUCUAAAAGGGUUUAAAUAGUUUUAAGUAUUGUCUUGAGAAAAGCCAAAGUCAAUGCAUUUCAGUGGAUUCUGUAAGCGUGGUACAUGUUUGUUUGACAACACUUUGAAAUCUGUCAUUGGAUGGGAUUUAAAAAGUACAAAAAAAGCAGGCUUUCCUAUUUCUAAAACUGAUUGUACUUAUGCCUUUUGUACCAGUGCAACUUUUUAUACUGGCAAUUAAAGAAAAAAAGAAAAAAAAUACUAUUUGAGAGUCUGUCUGACCCAAACCAGGGGUCAGCCAGCGGCUGGUUCCCGAGUUUGAUUUCUAGUUGGCAUCCAGAAUGGUUAGGUUUUAAUAUAAAGAUUUUCUAGGAGAACUUUGGCUUGGUAUCUUUGACCUUGGACCUCUUCUUCUUCUUCAUGUUCUUCUUCACUGCAGCAUUUUGAUUUUCUUUCUCUAUUUUGUUUUGCUUUUUGGAAAGAGGGUCGGGAGUUUUCCUUUUGGCUUAUAAAUAUACUUAAAGCAGUUUGUCUUUUCAAAGAGUCUUUACAACAGCGGUAAGUUUCAUUUCGUUCAGUAUUGUGCAGUCUCCAUGAUAAGACGAUUAGAAGACUUAGAAGUAUUUAGUCACCUUCAGUGGAUAAAUGUAUUAGUUUGACAAAGAGAUAAAACAGUAAUUUGAGGACUUUUUUGCUUUUAGCUGUUUAGAUUUUUCUGGUUUCUCUGUCCUUCGCUGUUAACCUAACUGUGUAGCUGAAGCAGUCAGAUUAUUUUUGUAAAUGUACGUUCUUGUGUGAUGCAGUUUUUGCUUCUGUCUCCGAUAUUAAAUCAUUUUUCCUAA